UAGCUACCCAAACAAUCGCUCGUUGCCAUGGAAACGCUAUGGCCGACAAACUUUUUAAACCUAUUUCAGUGGCUGUUGCCCGCGGUGUUUUCACAACUCACCCGGAAUAAAUAGCCAUAACCCUGUUGAAAAGCACUAGUGUUUGACGUUUGAAAGAAGUCAUGUUAGCCGAGGCUCGAGGUACAGACCCUUUGGGCUCAGGAGCACCAUGGCAGCCCCCCACCAGCGAAAUGGAUAUCAAAGAUCCAGGGAAUCAUCACAGGCAACAGGGAAGAAAGCCCUUGCGACAGGCGUCCAGCAAAAGAAGCUACUUCUUAGGUUUUGAAACAAAGCCAGAGCUCAUCUGGGAGGACUGGGACCUGGGAAAAGAGUUCACAAAAACAUUAGUAUUGAAGAACAUUCAUAACAAGCCGCAGAAGCUACACUUGAGGCCUCCAGUGUCCAAGUUUUUCACCACCUUAAUUCCCCAGAUAAUUGUUGUCAGCCCAGGAACUUCUUUCUCCAUCUCGGUCACCUUUAGACCACUACAGAGGUGUGAGUACGAGGACAGCAUUGAGUUUCAAAGUAAAGAUGGCAGCUUCCAAGUAUGUCUCCGCGCCACCAUUCCCUGUUAUGCCUUGGAGGUGCCUGACUCUGUGCUGCUGCCACUCUGUGCUGUUCAACACUCCUCCCAUACCACUUUCCAACUUAAAAAUGCAAGUAAACUCCAGACAUGUUUCCAAUGGGUGUGUGCAGCACCGUUCCAGCUGAGCCCUGAGCAUGGCCUGUUGAACCCCAGCCAGGAGUGUCACAUCACUGUGGUCUUCAGGCCACAAGAAGCACUGGUGUACCAGCAGCAGGCCUAUUGCAGGUUCGGAGAGGAAGGGGACAAAGCAGGGAGCUGCUGCACUGUGCUGCUGCAGGCACUAGCCAAAUACCCAUGUCUUCAGCUGAGAGAUCAAGCUACCAAGGAGGAAAAAGAACACGGGGGUUCAGUGCUGCACUUUGGUUCUGUGGCAGUUGGCCAGUGUUUGCAGAAACACUUUGAUAUCUUCAACCCCUCUCCUGUGACUGCAUCUUUCUCUCUGUCACGACUGUCUGGCAGGGUGCCUUUGUUUGGGUCAGAGUUCACUUGUGAUGUGACAAGGGGUAAUGUGGCACCUGGUGAAUCACUACAAGUUACAGUCACCUAUUCUCCUGCUGUGGUGGAAACUGUAUCUGUCGAGUACUUAUCUCUAAAAUGCAGAGGGGCACUUAAUGAAACCCUGCUCAAACUCACUGGAAGCUGUAUAGGUCCCAAAGUUUCCUUGUCCACCUCUGUGGUGGACUUUGGCUGUGUUGAGGAAGGAGGGGCAGUCAUACAGACAAUGGAGCUGGUUAAUUCUUCGUCUGUUGAGACCAUCUACCAAUGGGACCUUGACUGUAGUGGGCACAGUGUGUUCAGUAUCCAGCCAGCAAGUGGCACUGUACACCCACAUAGCCAUACAACACUGAAGGCAGUCUAUAGGCCCACUCAUCCCACUGCACACCACAGGAGAGUGGCAUGUCUCAUACUGCACAGGGACCCUCUGUUCAUUGACCUGAUUGGUACCUGUCACUCAGAGCUUCAGCAGCCAGCCAUACUGAAACCUGAACACUUGGUUUUGUACAAGCUUCACUGUGCUACUGUUGUAUUGAGAACUCCCAUGGAGGAAUUCUUCCAAUCUUGCUUGGGGUAUAUGGAUCCUCUCUCUUCCAGUUCUUCAUUGUCUCCACAUAUAUCUGCGGUGCCAAGUGAGCUGCUGUUUAAUCACAAAACGUCCUCCUCCUCACCUACGUCAUUCACUUCCUCUCAGUUUGUCUCCAUCACCAACCACACUAGGGGAAACUCAGGUACCACUGCCUGCCUUGGCCUGGUGUGGACUGUUGCCAGAGACUCUCCAUUUACAGUUUCUCCCUCAUCAUGUGACCUGGGACCACUGAAGUCCACUUCAUUCAGAGUGACCUAUGACCCCAAACAGCUCAACACUUUGCACGGAGCACAACUUGAGUGCUUUGCAUACGAUAAAAUGGAUAAUCAUCACAUCAGUCAGCAGCUGCUGUGUCCACCCUGGUGUGUGACUGUCAGAGUCAUUGGCCACUCUUUUCAGCCUGGCAAAGAGCACUUCAUCCCAUGCUGCUCUCUGAAGUCCCCUCAAGUGGUGUUUCCGGCCCUGAGUGCUCUGUCCUAUCGGACAGUGCUCCUCCAGAAUGGUGGAGACCUGCCCCUCACUUUCUGUCUGAACCGCAGCUCAGACCCUAUUCUGGCAGAAUCAGUGUGUGUAAUUCCAAACUGUGGUCUGAUCCAGCCUGGGCAUCACCAGAUCCUCACCCUCAGAACUACUCCAACAGAGGACAGUCCCAAAAGGGGGUUCAGUUUACAGCUGCAGCUCAAUGCAGCUAAACACACAAAGGAACUGACAGUUGUGAGUGCUGUGGAAAAGCUGUGUGUGUCUUUGGAAGGAGAUGGCAGUUUAUAUUUUCAGCCAACAGCAGUGGGCUCACAGACACAACGCUCCCACCAGAUCAGGAAUCUCAGCAGUGUACCCCUAUGGUUCCAGUGGAGCAUUCCAGAGCCAGACCAGGAGCUUAUCUUUGUAGAACCAGAUGCUGGUGAACUGUAUCCCAAUGAAAUCUCAGUCCAGACAUGGUCCUUCAGUCCACUGGCAGAGAGAGCAUACACACUCAAACCUACUCUUACCUUCUGGCCAAUCCAGACUGAUGGAUGUAACAAGUCACACCUCACCCUUAAAGUGAUGGGAAUGGGCUGCACGGGCUUCAUAGAGGCAGAAAAACCAGUUCUGGAUGUAGAGGAGACUCUAGUUGGAAGUUAUCGGUCAAUUGAAGUUCCCCUGGUGAACAACAGCCCCUGUCCUGUGUCCUUUUGUCUCUCUGUACAGCAGAUACUUCUGGAUGAGGAACUUAUUUAUGAUCCAGACACUGAGCCUAGUGCUCUACAGCUGGACUGUGAGAGGGGAACCAUCGCCUCACACUCCACAAUGAUGCUGCGAUCUACUGUGAGACCAUACAGGCGAGCCCAGUACUUGUGGAAAAUCAGCUACCACACUUUGAAUGCCAGUGGGUUUGUGUUAUCCUCUCCUCAGGCACUAUGUGAAGUGCGAGCUAAGGGUGUGUUUCCCACCCUACAGGUGACUGAUGUGUGCAGUGGUGGCAGUGUGAGCACACUCAGCAAGGUGCAUCUAUGGAAACUCUUCUCAUUGGACAGCCUCAACAUGCACCUGUUAUCCAGCCCCUCCUCUGCAGAACUCACCUAUGGAACCCCCACCAGGCACAGUCUGCGCAGUUGUCCCUCCAUUUUCACCAAAGCUGUGUUGGAUUUCAACUUUAGUGCCGCUCCCGUGAAUUCAGACCCCUCAGCUUUUGUGCUGAUGUUUCACAACCCUGGUUCCAUCCCUGUUGAUUGGGCAUUCCUGUUUCCAGAGGACCAACAGAUAGAGUUGGAGUACUGGGCAGAAACAGGAGAGUUCAGCAGCACUGAGCUGUACCAGAUGAAGGUUCAAGACAAUCGCGUGUUCAGCAUUUCUCCUCGUUCUGGAACUCUGCACCCAGGCCAGCAGAGGGCAGUACGUUUCAGCUACAGCCAUGACUUUGCUGGGACGGAUCGGUUUCCUGUUGUAUUCAAACUCUCUUAUGGCAGAGAGAUCUUGCUUAACUUCCAGGGGGUGACAGUGGAGAGAGACAGACCAUAUCUCCAUUUUGCCUCCAAUCAACAUGUGUUCACCUCUGUAACUAUCGGGGACUGCAGUCCUCCGAGGCAGGUGUAUGAAUUACACAAUGCUGGUGCAGUUCCAGUCCGUUAUAAAGUGGACACAGCCGUGUUGUCACAGCUUCAGAUGGACAACUUUAACCAUCCAGCGCUGUGCUGCCUCAGUCCAGAGGGAGAGGUCCCUCCUGGGAAGACAGCUGCGUUGGAAUGGAUCUUUUCUCCACUGGAGGCUAAGAUGUAUCAUAUCGAUAUUCCUGUCCACAUCCAGGAUGGGGACUCGAAACUGGUGAGGUUUGAGGGAUGUGGGUUUGAUACUGCAACAAUGAUCUCCUCAAACCCAUUUAACUGCAGUGAUACUAAGGGAUCCGUACCCUGUGCCCAGAGGGUGCCCUUCCCAGGACAGGUGGUAUUCCUGUCUGAGGACAGUGUGUCUCUUGGUGACGUUCCUGUGUGCUCACAGUCUUCAAGAAUCCUCUUCCUCACCAAUGUGUCUCACACAGACACUGUCCACUAUACAUGGGACCUGCCACAGCAGGGCAACCAGCAGGUGGUGCAGAUCCAUCCAGAGCGAGGCAGCCUGUGUCCAGGGGAGUGUACUCUUUGUGUCCUUACCUUCACUUCUACUGACUACCCCACCAUUUAUCGGCUAGAUCUCAUCUGUCAGGUUAAUCAGGAAUCUGCACUGAAUCUGUAUCGUGAAGCUUUGCAACGCUUGGAGGAGGAGAAAGAGAGACAGCAAGAUGAAUUCACUAUCACAGACAGGAACCUUUCAGAAAGCCAAGGAGAUCUGAUACAUAAGGAACCUGUAGCAGCUCCAGUAAGAAAAGGGCCACCGCUCAGGAAAUAUAAGACUCUUCCUCCUAUCUGUGCCAGCAGUAGCAGUGAAACAGUGGGCACUAUAUGUACUAAGCUAACAAGAGCUGAGCGGCGCGCACGCCGAGAAACACCAAGAGUACGGAGGCAGCCUGAACCACCCCAACCUGCUCUGUUGCACCUGGAAGUUACUGCACACUCCCACGGGCUUCUGGAGUACCUCAUGCACUUUCCUGUCCAGUUCAAUAAGCUUUAUAGGUGCCUCCACUCAGUCAAGCACAGGAACCCUGAAACCACUUCAAGAACGUCCCUUUCUGUUGGCCUGCCUCCACCAACACAUGGCCCUGAGAAAGACAUCCCCAUGCAUGUACUCACUUCUCUGCUAAGGGACAUACUUGAUGAUUCAGCUUUUGCCCAGUCUCUGAUUACUUUAGCUUCAAAACCCAUCACCUACCAGCCAACAAAAUCCUCUAACUCCACCCCUGUCUGUCCCGCAUCAUCCUCUUCCCCUCAAGUGUUGUUGGACGGGACAAAGGCUGGAUUGAGUGAAGAGCACACCACAGAGGACAGGGAGGGGACUGGAGGAUGUUCAGGAAACAUGCAACACACUGAACAUGUGCCCGCUGACAUGAGCGAAGGUGUUUUGCUGAACACCCUCCAGAACCUGAUGAUGGAAGCUAUCAGUGGAGAGCUUGUCCUUACAGCUCACCCACGCACAGUUAUCUUGCCACCUGUUUCUACCAGAACCAAGAGGAUGUCCAGAGCCAUGGUUGAGGUGGAGAAACGCAAAAACGAACCAGUGGAGUAAUUUGAAGCCUUGCCAUCUACCCAUCAUCCCAGAGGCACAUGUCUCUCCAUUGUUGUCAUGGAAAUUGUGCUUAACACACAUCAGCUGUCUUCUUUCCCCUGUUCAGGUUGCCCUGACAUAUGAUUUGUGCCUCUUCUGUAUCCCUCUGAGUCCCAUCUAUUGUUUUCUUUCCUUUGUGCAGUUUUAUUCAUGUGUUUUUCCUUCCAAGCUUGGCAUGUCUCUGCAGUCACUUUGUUUCAUCUCGCUUUCUUGUGAUGAUGAGACUACUGACUCCUCCAUAAAUAUUUCAUAAAUGAGGUUACAGUUAUAUUAAGUCAUUACCAAAGGAUUGGGCAUCAAUAAAAGAGAGCUUCUGACUCCAAAAACAUCAUCAUCUGAUUGGUUUGAAUAGCAAGUUAAUGGGAAACAUGGAAAAUUCACAAUGUGGCAAUGAUUAGAAACAUACCCAGAGGCUACUUGACAGUGAUGUAUUGUAUACUAUGUUUUGUUUCCUUUUGUAUUUGUCUGACAUUCUGCAAGACUGCUGCAUGAAAACUGACAAGAUCAUUUUUUAUGGCUGAGGAUACAAAAGGACACA